CAAGGGAAUAAUAUAUUUUAUUUAAGGUAUAAAAAUGGGUAAUCUCUGCUCAGGAGGAUCAGACGAUAAUGACGCUAAAGUUGAUACUAGAGGCUCAAGAGGAAAGAAAGGUGGCAAAGACAGAAAGGACAAAAAGAAGUCUUCCAAAUCCAAGGAUAAAUCAAAGAAAGCAGGAAGCAAGAAGAAGUCAAAGAAAUAAUUAGGUAGACACUCUAAGGAAGAUCCUGAGUCAACCUAACUACUAGAGGUGUCUAAUGAUUUUCAUAGUUAAGAAGUUAUAAAACCAAAAUA